ACGCUCCCUGUGACCACGCUUUUCCACGGCGUCGAUCGUUUUCCGUCGCCCAUAAAGCCCCUCUGCCGUUACUUUCGCCCGGUCUGUUGUCAGAUUCUGGAAGCAUCCCGGAUACACCUGAGGUGCAGACCAGUGACUUCCAGCACUUUGGCCAUUGAAAGCUUAGGAGCCGCUGAGCGGCCAACGUGUCGCCUCAGAACCGCUGAUCUUCCCCUUGGAAAACCAUCCUGUCACAACAAUGACAACUGAAGUGCAAAUGAUACUUUAUGAAGAUGACUCGGUGCAAGUACAGUAUGUAGAUGGUUCUAGAUUGCAGCUUUCUCCCUGUGGCUCUGAAUUUUUGUUUGAAAAGCCACCUCCUGUUUCAUCACAUCCUUUAGAGCAACCACAAAGAAUUCGUCAAAGGACGCACUUCGUUAUUAGCACUUACCGAGAGCAACUGCAGCGAGCCUUAGAGUUUCGAAACUCUUCUGCUACUUGCCUUUUUUUAUCUGAGAACCUCAUACCAUCAGAAAGAAAAAAGCGUGUCCUCAUUGACAUCUCACAAGUCAGGUGGCCCCGUCUUGAUUCCGAUGAUGGCCUGAUCUGUCUGGAGAGCGGCGCUGUGAAGAUCACUUCUGUUGAUGGUCACGCCACUCUUUGCCUGCCCAGAUCCCAGCAUGAGUUCACAGUGCAUUUCUUGUGCAAAGUUAGCCAGAAGCCAGCCUCAUCGGCAGCACUGCUGGAAAGAAAUAAUCAAGCCUCCGAAGACAAGCUAAUUGGGAGAGCUGGCAAAAUCUGUGCAUACAGAAGUCCGUCAGGACAGAGACUGGAGAAUAAAGAAAAUGAACUUUAUUGGCGCCUCAUGCAGUGCCGAGAACCUCCCAAGGAGACAGGCUGUGGAAGUGAAGGCCAGGAGGAACUGUCUCCCCCCGAAACCAAACACAAGUACACCUACGCAUGGGUAAAGCAGUGCUGGUCUGUGGCCGCCUGCCCAGAGGAAUGGAAAUACCCUCUGUCUUUAGCGCUGCGCUUUCAUCAGAAAGUGAGCAACGUGUCUAAUAAUGAGGCAGAUUUCACCGAGAGUGAAAUUGUACCUUCUGAUGUUUCCAAGGAAGGAGAAAAAGAGAUUUCUGUUCUUCCCAAGGCUGUGUCACUUAGCUGUCCUGUCCCACAUCUGCACAGGUGGAAUUUUGGUGACUCAAUUUUGCAGAGUGAAUUUGAUGAAGAAUAUUCCUAUCCUGAACCAGUAAAGGUGCUUUGGUGCAGGGGUGUUACAUACAGACUUACCCAUAAAAAUGGGAACUCAAUAGAGAUUUAUCCUGGAGAUGGAUCUAUUUUCAAAUCAGAAGGAACUUAUUUUGGGAGCUAUUAUACGUAUUACUGCAGUCACAAAGGAUCAGAGGAGAGAGAAGAGAAAACUUACUCAGUAAAUAACUUACCUCCAGAUCGACCAGGAAGUCUGUUCUCUGUGUCUUCUCUAAUCAACCAGGCCACCAGAAUUCUUCAACACUGUGCCAGGAUGAGGCUUUCUUUAAGCCAUAACUAUCACCUAUGCUGCUGGAAAAUGGUAUCUGGGAUGAAUGAUAGCAGCAUCCUGCCUUUCCUUUUGAAAGAAUCACUCAUACCUAACCUGGGAAGAUUUCUUGCCUACUCUGAUGACAAAGUACACGCCAUCUUCUUAGAUGGUGUUACUCUAACCCUAAGUUGGAACUUGAGCUCUUCUGAUGAUAAAAAUGAACAGGUAAAACAAGGUCUCAAGUUAGGUUGGUGUAAGUUAACGUUUCCUAAUGGACAGCAUCAGUUAAUUCAAACUGAAUACCCUGGACCGUAUGAAAGAUACGUGACAGCAGUAACGUCCUGGUGCAGAAGAUUAACUCAGACUAGUGCAAGAGAGUUGCCCACACAUACUUCAUCUUCUGUUCUUGAAGAAAAUUGGUCUGUUGCUUCUGAACUUGAAAAGAUACGGAGGUUUAACUUCUUAGUGGAGAACAGCAGUGUACUAAAUCAGGUCUCUACAAAGAAAAAGAGGCAGUCUUCUGAUCACUCUAAAUUAUCUUCAGAACCCUCACCAGAGGAAGUUCAUGAAAAAAGAGUAUCCGUAGCAUUGAAAAAAACCUCUCAAAUCCUACAGGAUAUUGACUUUCUUCUAUCAAACUCUAAAAAGUGAAAAACAGAAUCAUUGCAUUAUUAAAUUUUAGGGGUGUUACUCCAAGUGACUGAUAUAAAAUUAUUAGUAAGCCAAGAAAUUGUAUAUAUUAGCUUCUGUACAAUGAUUGUAUGAGAAUAUUUAACUUUGUAUCUAUUUUAUAUAAUUCAUAAAUUUUUAGAAAAUAUAUAUUUAUACUGUGAAUAAAAGCUUGAAAUUUUGAACUGCUUUCUUCCAAU